GCACGCAUAGAAGACGACGAGAGCUCGCCCCGCAGCACUGGCGCCGCAAGCGGCGGCACGCGGGCGGGUCGGGUCGACGAAGAUCUGAUGAUGGAAAUGCCACUGGAAGAAAGCGAACAUAUGUUAGAUGGUACGACAAAUUCAAAUGGAGGUACAACCGGAGGACGUGGGCUCACUGCAGGAGGCCUCCAGCAAAUCAGUGAUCGUAGAAUGAAUGACGUCGUGGACCAUCUCCAGAAUAGUAGACCCGGCUCCCCCAACAACAUGAAUGUUCCUACUUCCAUUCAACGACCUGCGAUGGAGCUGGAUAAUCAACAUGGAGUUGUGGAGAAUCAGAUCAUAUCUGCUGCUAGUCGAAGUGGGCAACAUGAUCCCGGAGUGGAUGAUGCGGGUGUUGCAUCCUCCACCUCAAGUGCCGGCGCUGCAAGACUGCCUGCCUCUGACGCGGACGAGUUGG